CUACUACUCCAUUUUGAAUUUCCUCCUCCAUUUUCUAGAACCCUCUACUCUCUCCCUUAAACCCUUUCAACUGAGAGCCUAAAAGAGGGGCUUUCACUCUUCAUUCCUCACUUAUCUUCAUUCAAAAUCCCUCCUUUCUCUCUCUUCAAUGGCACCUGUUCUUAGCAGAACUAUGGCUUCUGCAUCUUUAGCUUCACUUCCUUCUGCUUCUUCUUUCACCCUCAAAAAUACCCACAACAAAGUUUUGAAUUUGAGCAGUAGUUUUUUCCCGCAUAAUAAAUUACCCAGGAAUUGCCCAAAGUUUAGCAUUGAGAAGAAGUUUCAGAGAAAACCCAAUAAAUUGUCUGUUCGUUGUGAUGCUGCUGUUGCUGAACAAGAGGCUCCUGAGGCUGAGGGUGAGAAGUUUGAGUACCAGGCUGAGGUGAGUAGGUUGCUGGAUUUGAUUGUUCACAGUUUAUACAGUCACAAGGAAGUGUUUCUCCGAGAACUUGUUAGUAACGCAAGUGAUGCAUUGGACAAGCUAAGAUUUUCAAGUGUGACCGAUCCCUCUCUACUUGGGGAAGCAGGAGAGCUUGAAAUUCGGAUCAAACCUGAUCCAGAUAAUGGGACCAUCACAAUUAGGGAUACUGGUAUUGGAAUGACAAAAGAGGAGCUUGUUGAUUGUUUGGGUACUAUUGCACAGAGUGGCACUUCCAAGUUCUUAAAAGCAUUGAAGGAAAACCAAGACCUUGGUGCAGACAAUGGUUUAAUUGGACAAUUUGGUGUUGGAUUUUAUUCUGCCUUUCUGGUUGCAGACAGGGUUGUUGUGUCUACAAAGAGCCCAAGGUCUGACAAGCAGUAUAUCUGGGAAGCAGCAGCUGACAGUAGCUCAUAUGUAAUCAGGGAAGAAACUGACCCUGAAAAGAUCCUGAAGCGUGGAACAGAAAUCACGCUGUACCUAAGGCCUGAUGACAAGUACGAAUUCUCAGAUCCUGCCAGAAUUCAGAAUUUGGUGAAGAACUACUCACAAUUUGUUUCUUUUCCCAUCUACACAUGGCAAGAAAAAUCAAAAACUGUGGAGGUGGAGGAAGAAGAAGAACCAAAAGAGGGAGAAGAGAAACCAGAGGAUGGAAAGAAGAAAACAAAGACUGUCACUGAAAAAUAUUGGGACUGGGAGUUGACCAAUGAGACUAAGCCCAUAUGGAUGCGAAGUGCUAAAGAAGUCCCAAAAGACGAGUACUAUGAAUUCUACAAGAAGACUUUCAAUGAAUUCUUGGACCCACUUACAUAUACUCACUUCACGACAGAGGGAGAAGUGGAGUUUCGGAGUGUUCUCUUUAUCCCUGGGAUGGCACCUAUGAAUAACGAAGAUGUUAUAAGUCCUAAGACAAAGAACAUACGGCUGUAUGUAAAACGUGUCUUCAUUUCAGAUGAUUUCGAUGGUGAACUGUUCCCUCGAUAUUUGAGUUUUGUGAAGGGUGUGGUGGAUUCUAAUGAUCUUCCUCUAAAUGUGUCUCGAGAAAUUCUUCAAGAAAGCAGAAUUGUAAGAAUCAUGAGAAAAAGAUUAGUAAGAAAGACAUUUGACAUGGUGCAAGAGUUAUCAGAGAGUGAAAAUAAAGAGGACUACAAAAAAUUUUGGGAGAACUUUGGUAAGUUUCUAAAAUUGGGUUGUAUCGAGGACACUGGAAACCACAAACGGCUUACACCUCUUUUGCGGUUCUACUCAUCAAAAAGCGAGGAAGACUUGAUAAGCUUAGAUGAUUAUGUUGAAAACAUGGGUGAGAACCAAAAUGCUAUCUACUACUUGGCAACAGACAGCCUUAAAAGUGCAAAGAGUGCUCCGUUCUUGGAGAAGUUGAUGCAAAAGGAAAUUGAGGUUCUGUUCUUGAUUGAGCCUAUAGAUGAGGUUGCCAUCCAGAACUUGCAAACAUAUAAAGAGAAAAAGUUUGUUGAUAUCAGCAAGGAAGACCUGGAACUUGGUGAUGAGGACGAAGUAAAGGAACGGGAGACUAAACAAGAGUUUAAUCUUCUGUGUGAUUGGAUGAAGCAACAACUUGGUGAUAAGGUUGCAAAGGUCCAAGUAUCAAAACGUCUUGCCUCAUCUCCUUGUGUGCUUGUUUCUGGAAAGUUUGGGUGGUCAGCGAACAUGGAAAGGUUGAUGAAAGCUCAAACUCUUGGAGACACCUCAAGCUUGGAGUUCAUGAGGGGCCGGAGAAUAUUAGAGAUCAAUCCUGAUCACCCCAUUGUUAAAGACCUUUAUGCUGCCUGCAAGAAUGCACCGGACAGCAAUGAUGCCAUAAGAGCUGUUGAUCUCCUAUAUGAAACAGCCCUUGUAUCCAGUGGAUUCACGCCUGACAGCCCUUCAGACUUAGGAAACAAGAUCUAUGAGAUGAUGACAAUGGCCCUUGGAGGGAGAUGGGGAAGAUUAGAUGAAAGUGCAGAAGGCUCAUCGGAAGACAAUUCAUCAGAAAGUGGUGCGACAGCUGAAGAAGCUACAGAUGGCCAAGUGGUUGAACCCUCUGAAGUCAUUACAGAGAAUGACCCAUGGCAAGAUUGAUGAUUGUAGUUAUUGUUUGGUAGAUUGAACAUUUUUGGCUCAGAUAUUUUACUCAUUUUGUGGGGAGAUAUCGUCCAUGGAAUUGUAUGGAAGAGGGAAGGGAUAGCUAGACAUGGCAGAGUACGGUGCAUUUUCGCCUACUUUUUGAGGGAGUCGAUUAUACUAGUACUUUUCUUGGUCAGAAGAUUUCUAGGAUAGAGCUAAUAUUUAGAAAAUCUUAUUUUAUUAUUAUUUUAGGUGCUUAUAUGAUUGUCAAAAAAAGCCUAAUGUGUGUUUGCAAAAAUGCAUUGAGCAUCCGGAAAUAAAAUUAUGCAUAUUUUAAAGAACAUGGGCGAAAAAAAGAAUAUUAUAGACAUUUUUUUAAGAA